AUGUCUUCUGGUCAUGAUAUCAAGUACGCUCGUGAAAUGACUUCCUCCCAUCCUUCUUUCAAGGUUUGGCAAAAAAACGCCGACGGCAUCCGCUCGACCUUGGUCAAGUAUGGCGUCGAGUUUUCCUUCAUCUACGCCCGCAUCAUCAAUGAUGAACAGAUUCCUGGAGUCAUCAUCCAUCUCAAAAAGGGUGGAACCGGUCAGGCUUCAGCUAACCUUAGCAAUCUCACUGCUGAAUUGAGACGCGGGUUGAUUCCUGACGAUGCUUUCCCUAUCUUGGAUAUUCAAGGUUGA